CUCGGCUCGAUUUUCUCGAGGUAAAAAACCUUACUUUUUCAUCUUCCACUUCUUUCUUUCUUCUUUCUUUUUCAUUUUGUAUUAGGGUUUCGAUUUGGACUGGGUUUCCUUAUUCUUACGAUUGUUUUUGUUCAUAGAGAAUUAUUAGUUUAUUACAUUGAAGAUGUCGCCUGCUGAUUCUUCACGGGAGGAAAAUGUUUACAUGGCCAAGUUGGCAGAACAGGCCGAACGAUAUGAGGAAAUGGUAGAGUUCAUGGAGAAAGUUGCCAAGACUGUGGAUGUCGAGGAGCUGACCGUUGAGGAGAGGAAUCUCCUCUCCGUUGCUUACAAGAAUGUCAUUGGGGCUCGGAGGGCUUCAUGGAGGAUUAUUUCUUCCAUUGAGCAGAAGGAAGAGAGUCGGGGAAAUGAGGACCACGUUUCAAUUAUCAAGGAUUACCGUGGCAAAAUUGAGACUGAACUGAGCAAGAUCUGUGAUGGAAUUUUGAGCCUCCUUGAGUCUCAUCUCAUCCCAUCAGCCUCAUCUGCUGAGUCAAAGGUGUUUUAUCUCAAAAUGAAAGGUGAUUACCACAGGUACCUGGCUGAGUUUAAGACUGGAGCUGAAAGGAAAGAGGCAGCUGAGAGCACAUUGUUAGCCUACAAGUCUGCUCAGGAUAUUGCUCUCGCGGAAUUAGCCCCUACUCAUCCAAUUAGGCUAGGUCUUGCUCUUAACUUCUCAGUGUUUUAUUAUGAGAUCCUUAAUUCGCCAGACCGAGCUUGCAAUUUGGCAAAGCAGGCUUUUGACGAAGCAAUUUCUGAGCUUGACACAUUGGGUGAAGAAUCAUACAAGGAUAGCACCUUGAUCAUGCAACUCCUCCGAGACAACUUGACUCUUUGGACUUCUGAUAUUGGGGAUGAAGCUGGCGAUGAGAUUAAGGAAGCAUCAAAACGUGAAUCAGGGGAGGGACAUGGACAGUAGUUUGCGUUGUUGUUGAGUUGAUACUUGAUAGGAAUUGUACUGUGUACUUUUUUUUCUCUUUUUUUCUCCCUUUUACCUUCUUUUCUUUUUUUUAUUUUUCUUCAAAAGAAAUGUGGCGACCCUGUUUUAGUGUUGUUAGUGCUACUUGGGUUUGGUAGUUCUGAAUGAAAUGUCUUUGAUUGGCUUUGGCUUCUGACUCUUUUACCUCACUUGAAUGGGAUACCGUUCUAGAGCAGUCACUAAAGAUCCAGAAGCAUUGUUAGGGCCUUUGAAUACUCAACAAGAGUAUAAUGUGUUUUUAUUAUUUAUGAGAAGAAUCUGUUGUUUGUUCGAAUGCUAUGAGAGAUUUUUUUUUUAUAUAUUUUUGUUUUGAACUUA